UUCAGAUGAUGAAGUCCGCCAAGCAGAAGAAAAAUUUGCUGAAAGUCUUCACCUUGCACAAAUGGGAAUGUUUAAUUUAUUAGAAAACGAUAUUGAACAAGUAGCUCAACUAGCAACAUUUAGUGAAGCCUUAUUAGACUAUCAUCAGCAGUCUACAGAAAUUCUUAAGGAACUUUGUGAUAAGUUGAUCGAAAAGAAAAAUGAAGCAGCAAAUCGCCCUAAAUUAGAGUUCAUUCCAAAAACGUUGGCUGAUUUAACAAUGGACAUGUUAACAGCUGUAGAUUCCAUGAAUGGAUCAAGUCGUGCAGGAUCUCCUACAUCUGAUGAAAAGCCAACCCAGCUAGUUUUAUUUACAGCAGCAAACUUAUCACAUUCAGCAGAUGAAGUGCACGGCGAACCAGUGCAAGCCGAGGCGACUGAAGUACUUGAAACGAUUCGCACUCGUGGAAGACUAAGUGAUAGUAGAGGUGGACUCUAA